AUGGGCAAAGCUUUGAAAUGGUUUAGAGGUAUGUUGGGCUUGAAUAAGAAGAGAUGGAGCUUUCCCAAGGGAAAACUCCGCCGUCGAUCUCAUGCGAUCGACGACAAAGAGACAAGUAGGCAGGCAAUCGCCGUGGCCGAGGCUGCGGUGGCCCACGGCGCCACGUAUUGUUCACAAAACGACGUCGUUUGUGAGGAGCCAGCGGCCGUUGUGAUUCAAUCUCAUUUCCGUGGUCAUCUCUCGAGAAGAGCUCUACGGGCGCUGAAGGCCUUGGUUAAGCUCCAAGCACUCGUUAGAGGCCACAUUUUGCGGAAGCAUAAUGCUGAAACGUUACGACAGCUGCAGGCACUUAUGCGCGCCCAAGCCAGGGCACGGGCUGGCCGACUCCCCACUGAGGAGAGCACCAAGCCCUCCCUCUUCAACCACACAGAGAAGGCAGAUCACGCAACGAAGCAGAACGAGCAUGAAUCCCCUGCCUGCGCCAAAAUGCAGAGGAAAAACACCAACCUCGUGUAUGAUCCAGACAAGUCGCCCUCGCCCUGGAUGGAGAGGAGGAAAGGCGAGAAGGUGCGAUGGGACCAAGGCGCCUACUUCACUAGGAUCGCCCGUGUGGAUGAGGAGAAAGGCGACAAGGUUGUAGAAGUUGACACGGGAAGGCCAAGCACGAGCCCUACAGGCAGAACCAUCAUCCACAUCUCCGACCAUCACACCACAUGGUUAAGUCCGUCCCUAAGCCCUCUCACGGUAGCCAUAAAUGCCAACGGAAGCCCCUUCUACACGGCCAACAACAGCCCCGCCUACUCAUCAUCAGUGGAAGGGAGCUCCAAGAGGGCGCUGUUCGCGCCUGCCAAGAGCAGCCUGAGCAAUUGCACAGAGCAUCCGAGCUACAUGGCUUACACGGAGUCCUCAAAGGCAAAGGCAAGGUCUCUCAGUGCUCCAAAACAGAGGCCUCAAUCGGAGAGGUCUAGCUCCCCGUGGGAGAGAUAG